AUGAAAAAGGUUUCGAAGUUGCUGGUGGCUGCCCUUGCCGUCGUCUUGGUUCUCCGCAGUGUCGUGGGAACGUGCCCGGACCCGGCGUCACGCAACGCAGCCGUCGUCCCGCUUGUCCUACCCAGUGGCUCGCACUCGACCGACGCGCGGGCGGUGGCCGCCGGCGACAUUGAUGGCGACGGAGUUGACGACCUGGUCACCGCAGGCUCGGUCAUGCUUGGCUUGUUCCGCGGCCAGGCUGGCGCUGGCCUCGGCGUCCACGCCUUUGCGAACAUCUCGGGCGUUACAACGCCGAUCACGGACGGACUCGCGCUGGCCGACCUCAACCACGACUCGGCCCUCGAUAUUGUUGUUGCGCUGACUGCCAACCAGUUUCGAGUCUUCCUCUCUACUGGACCUGGUGCCAUCUUUGCCGCCGCCGAUGUCUACGUCACAGCUGCGACCAUCAACGCGCUCGCUGUGGGUGACGUCGACGGCGACGGCGCCAUCGACGUCGCGCUCGCCACCGCAGGUGCACUCAGAUGGUUGCGAAAUGUUGGAAACGGAACACUGGAAGCGGUGACACCAGUGGUGGCGGCGGCCAACACCAACGAUGUCGCGCUUGUUGAUCUUGACGCCGACGGAAGCACCGACAUGGUCACCGUCAACCCCGGGGCGAGCUCUCCCGUAGUCUGGCAUCGCAACUCCAACGCAGCCGGCACAGUAUGGACAACCCAGUCGUUUGGCUCGUUCAUCUCCCCGGCUCAUGUCGUCGUGACUGAUGUUGACGGCGAUGCAGUGCUGGACCUGGUCGUCGGCUCGUCGGUCGCCAUCCACUGGCUGCGCGGACUAGGAGUAGCCACGUUUGCGCCCGAUGUCUCUCUAGUUGGAGGCACUUUUGCCGAUCCGUUUUUAGUCGGCAAGUUUGGCGGAGCUGGUCCCAGCGAUGUGCUCGCACUCGAGGGCUCGUCGCUCCUUCUCCUUGCCAGCAACGAAACGCUGGGCUUUGCCACAAUGACGCUUGCCAAGCGCUCCCUUUUUGCGUCAUUUGACAACGCCAAGAGCCUGGCAGCCGGAGACUAUGACGGCGAUGGCAUGACCGAUGUCGCAGCCGCGUGCUCGAACAGUCACUCCUUUGUCUGGUUCUCUAGCUCGAGCGAGCGUGCGCUCUCGACCCCACUCUUUGAUGCAGCCGUGGUCAAACCUCACCCACGGUCGGCCCUGGAAGUUGUGGACAUUGAUGGCGAUGGCUGGAACGACAUUGCUGGCACUGUUCCUAUCACAGAAGUAUUGAGCUACCGCGCAUGCUUUGGAUCAGGGACAUGUACUGCCGAUAUGUCCCCUUUGCAGUCCAACGUCAUUGGCUACACCCCGAAGCUCCUGGAUCUUGCUGAUGUGAACGGAGACGGCGUUCCCGAUGCCGUGGUCGGUAAGUACUUGGGAACUGACCCUGUCAUGUAUUUGGUGUCAAAGUCGGACUCCACGCAGUAUGUGGGAUGGAGGGUGCUGGCCACUCCAGUGGGAAAUGCUGCACCGGUCGAGAUCACGUUUGUCGACAUGGACGGUGAUGGCUUUCGCGACAUCUUGCUGGGCUAUCGCGGCUCCACCAGCGGCGUCGCGCUGUACCCCAACACCGACGGGGCUGGCUCUUUUAGCACAGUCACCCCAAUCGACUUGUUGAGCAAGACGAGCAACAUCGACGCAUUGGGUGUCGGCGACGUCAACGCUGAUGGCAUCCCGGACGUUGUUGUCACCUAUCCGGAGCACAUCAAGGUGUUCACCAACAACUACACGCACCUGACCGAGUUUGCCACAGUGUCAACGUCUCCGCCGCCUCCGCCCCUUGAGGCGGUCGCUGUCGUGAUUGUAGACCUGGAGCUCGAUGGCGCGCCUGACAUUGUGUGUGCCGGAAACGCGGGUGGACGAGCAGUGUUCUGGGCCAGCCAGACAGCGGUCGGCGUUUUCCGCGACCUCGAGCUUAUCGUGCUGCCGGCUGAUCCGCCGUGUCCUAGUCCGCCCUGCCCUUGGCAGUUCAGCAAGCUGUACGCGACCGACCUCAACCUUGAUAGCGUACCUGACCUGGUGGCGAGUGGUUCGUAUGGGACGCUGAUCAUGGUCAACACCCGAAUCAUCUCGCAAGAGCAGUGGUACUUUGAGGCUUUGCCUCGAGACAAAGCAGUGGCCGCGGUUGGUGAUAUCAACGGUGACGGAUUCCCCGACGUUGUUGUAUCCAACGACAUUGCAACUCAUUUUCACCACUUUGCGCCGUCAUCUGUGUGGGUCCGCUCGCUGCCGACCUCUUACCGCCCCAAUGACCUCGACCAUCUUGCAGAGUGUGGCGUUAGUGCGGCUGGCAAGCGAUCGCUACGUUGCUUCGCGGCGAGAGUCGAACGUGGGCGACGAUGCGGUGUGCCUGUCGUGCUUCCGCCUUCAGACUAUGGGGCCUCUUGCUUGUCUGUCUAUCUUGUUGUCCAGGCGCGCUCGGGCGUGGACGUUGUGGUCAACGCCACCGGAUCGGUUGUCGACUGCGCUGGUGAUGCCAGCAGCGUCCUUUUCAAGGUGCCGUCGGGCGUUCAUCUCACCCUUCAUGGGCUGUCUCUGGCGAACGUGGUCGGCUCCCAUGAUGGAGAGUCUGCGGUGUGGGUGAGUGGAACUAACGCGCAGCUGGUGUUUGAUGGGGGGCAGGUGACUGGAUGUGGUGAAACCGGGCUUGUGGGUGGCGCGUUUCGUGUCGACUCGGGCGGCGCACUAGCGUUGUCGCGGGUGACAGCAACCGGUAACCAUGCGACGUUUGGCGGCCUUGUCGCUGCAACUGGCACCGGGACCGAGCUUGUGGUCGAGAAUUGCAUCUUGUCAGACCACACGGCCAUGGUGCGGGGCGGCGCUGUGUAUGCUGCUAACCGAGCCAGUGCCCGCAUUGUGGCCACUGCAAGCACCAGUUCUCGGGCUGCUGUGUCCGGAGGCUUUGUUGCCCUUGACGAUGCAUCGGUCGAGCUCAACCAGGUCUCUGUUAUCGACUCACAGGCUGGCAUCCGCGGUGGCAGUCUAUCGGCGGAGUACACACUUGCUGUCGGUGGUGCGGUUAUCGCCACCGACGUGAGCUUUGUGGAAUCGCAUGUCUCAGUUGGGAACGGCGGGGCUGUGGCGGUUGCGAUCGCAGAUGCGUCAGUGCCGUCUGUGACGCUGACACGGGUGACGAUGGAGCGCUGCACUGCCGGGGGUGGCGGUGGCGGCCUAGCACUGACCGGCCGCGACUCGACGCUGCUGCUAGUGGACGUGACUGUGAGAGACACGUCAGCGCAAUAUGGCGGUGGUCUGCUUUGCCUCGCCGACGGAGCCGUGCUCCCAGAAGUUGCAAGCGUGGUGAGAAUCGCACUCGGCGACGGAUCGCCGGCGCACAGGGUGACGACCAGUGGCGGCGGGCUGAGCAUCGAGCGCGGACACGCGGUUAUUGGCGGCGGCAUCUACGAGUGUAUGUGUGACAUCCAGCCCGGCGUGCAAGUGACGUUGAGCGAGACACACGCUGACGGGGCUGGUGGCGGUGGGUUCACUUGCGCAGCGUCGCAGUCCUUGUUCUCACCUGACUCGCCCAACGUGGUGUCGUCGGUCCCGGGUACUGGCUUUGGCCCAGUGUGGGCAACGCCGCCAGUGCGGAUCACGUGGCCGCUGCCACCGCCCGACUCUGUUGGCUCUGCGCUUCCGCUCCUCGCUACGGCGGCGGCUAUGGUCGACGGGUACGGGCAGCGUAUCAAGCAGGUCAAUACGACGACGACGUUUUCGCUCGUCGGCUUUCCACGCCUAGCCGCUGGCACAGUUGAGUACAUUGGACCAAGCAUCAUUCCGCUCUCGAACGAUGGCCUCUUUGUCUUUGCAUCGGUCUCGUUUGGCGUGUACGGCCCGCCGUACGUCGAUCUGGCUACUGAGAUCGAGUUGAGCAUUGUCGGCUCGGUGAAUCCGGAGUUGGGAACAGCCUCGCGAGUGCCAAUCAAGCUCACGCUUUGCCCGCCGGGGAAUGGUGGAGUCCAGCCAGCAAUCUCGCCGUGGCUUGUCUGCGUCCCAUGCUCUGGAACCGACACGUCGAACGAGACAUCGGUCGAGCCGUGUGUGCGGCGGUCGCCGUGUCCGGAGACGACGCUCGCGGUCCAGUCCAACUCGACGGUGGCGUGCGUGUGCAAAGCCGGGUUCUUCCCUCCGCCAGGACGAACUGACAGCGAUCCGUGCACUGUCUGCCCGGACGGUGCCGAGUGUCCGCUCGGUACCACCUUUCCACUGCCGCUGCCGGGCUUCUUUCCGGUGGGCGACGGAACGUUUGUGCAGUGCAAGCGGCCAAGUGCGUGUCCCGGCGGAGCGCUGGCGGCACCAUGCGCGCCAGGCUAUGAGGGCUACAUGUGCAACACGUGCUCGGCAGGAUUCUACUCGGACUCGGCAGGUCUCUGCAAGAGCUGUCCCAGCAACUCGAGUGUGGUGCUCGCGCUAGCGCUGAUCGGACUUGCCCUUGUUGCGCUCGGUUCGGCGGUGGUGGUGGGAUGGGUUGUGGUAGGCGCCGGCAAGGCUUCGGGUCUUGCCAGUGGCGAGAUCAAGAGCCAGGCUGAGCUCAUUCGCAAGUUCCGGCGACUGAGCUGGCCGGCAUCAUGUUCGAUGGUCCUCAUCUCGUUCCAGAUCAUCGGCAUUGUGGUCGACGUGGAUCUGCGAUGGAGCUCAUCGUCACGGGCGGUGCUCUCGAGCUUUAACGUCUUCAAUGUCGACGCCAAUGUGUUUGCAUCCGAGUGCGCGCUGGCCUCGUUCCACACCAAGUACGCAGUCUCAGUCUUGCUCGUGCCCGUCUUUCUCCUUCUUGCCUUUGCCAGUCUUGCGGCUACGGCGCGGAUCCUUCCGCCGCUGGGCGUGCUCCAGGGGCUGGAAGCACUCUCGAUUGGGGCGCUCGCCGACGCGCUGAUCUUCAACUAUGCACCGCUGCUGUACAUCCCGAUGGCACGAGCGACGCUGGUGGUGUUCGACUGCACGCGGCUGCCGUCGGGCGACUACGUGCUCGAUGCAGACCCGGGCGUGGCAUGCUUUGACAGCAAGUGGUGGCAAGUGGUGUGGAUUGGCAUGCUCGGAACUGGCGGCUAUGUUGUCGGCGUACCGCUGUACUUUGGCUGGAAGCUCGGCCGGCAUCGGCAUGAGCUUUUUUCGCCGGCUGUGAGCCAGCGACUCGGCGGGCUGUAUCGGCUGUACCGGCGGAAGAUGUACGGAUACGGCGUGAUGGACCUGGGCAAGCGGCUCGCGCUUGUCGUCAUUGCGCUCUUCUUUUCGUCGUCGCAGCUGCUGCUGAUUGCGAUGCUCAUGGCGGUGCUGACGGGCGCGCUUCUUGUGGUUGUCACACAGGAGCCGUACUACAUUCCCAUGUACAACGCGCUCGAGGCCAAGCUGACACUUGUGCUGAUGUGUGUGGUGCUCAUCGGUGCAGGCUCGUAUGCGGAGCGCAGCAGCGCGUCACUUGACACUGCUUUUCUGGUGGUAACGGUGCUUGCCGUGCUUGUGCUGGUUUGCGUGGCGGUGGCAGGUGUCGUCGCCGACAUCAGGCUCAUUCUCCGCGACCGGCGGCAAGGGGCUCGGUCGACGGCCAGCGAUCGCCAGCGGCGGCUGAUGGCCAUCAUCACCGAUGAGCUCAGGGAUGUGGAAGCUGGACCAGAGCUACUGCGCGAUGCUGGCCAGUUUCUCGCCCGAUGCUGA